AGUCCCAGCCUCCUCCCAGCAGUCGACACGUCACACGCGUCCUCCACUCAAAGUGGAAGGACAUUUAGGGCAAGGGCCGCCGCUGCCGCCGUCGUUGCGGUCGAGAGAUCCACAGCCUCCGCCGGUCGCCGAAGACGAUCUCCUCCUCAGGUCCUCCGCUCGUCCCGUGCUCACAAACCGACGCUGUUCUAAAAUGGCGUCUCCGACGACCUGGGCCACACUGCUCCGCUACGCCCACAGCAAGAUGCGCGACUCCGCCGUCAUCUCCUUGAAGAGGCAUUAUGACGGUGAGAUCAGGUAUCAUGAGAUCGUGCCCUGCUUCAAUGACUUGUUCUCACAAGGCCAGCUCACUUUCGCGUCCUGGUGCCACAACGCGGGCCGCGAGAUGGCCCCGACUAUACACAGCGACGGUGCGGCUAUGCUUGUCAGGAGACUGCUGCAUUACCCAAACAAUCCGACGAGAGCCUUUGUUGGUGAUGUUGUUUUGGUAAGACAUCCAAAGUCACCAUCCCACUAUCUGGUUCGAAGGUUGGGUGCGAUAGGAGGAUGCGAGAUGGUUUCUACGGAUGAGAAAGAUGAGCCUUUUGUAUUAGCGCGUGACCAAUGUUGGCUCCAGCUGGAUAAUCAAUCAGUGUCGCCCAAGGUAACUGGGGACAGCCGUGUGUUUGGACCUGUUCCUAUUCAUAGUAUCUGUGGCAGAGUGAUAUAUUCUUUGAGGACAUCUGUUGAUCAUGGUCCGGUACAGGACAGCCGUAGCGCCAUGGAGCAGGAUUCUCCAGUUGUAGCAGUAGAGCUGGAUCUCCAAGCUUUGGUGAAUAUUGCCAACAAGUGGCUGAAAAAAUGACGGGAAACAAUACCUGGAGCUGGAGGAGAAAGCAGCUGCCGUCUGAAGAGGCCAUUAUCAUGGCAUCGAAGGGCGCUGGCAGAAAUAAAGUAUUUUUUUAGCUGGCAAUCUAUGCAACUGCAAGCGUGUAAAUGCCUGGAUGUUUGCCAAUACCUGGCUGUCGCUGACUUGUUGUCACUGUGACACUGUAUUGUAGGCUAUCAUUGGUUUGGGAUUCUGUUUUCCUUGGUGUAAUGUAACUGAACUACUGAAAGAUGGCUAUGUUGUCUUGAGUCUAACUGCUAA